ACAACUAAAUUGCAAUUAUCUGUUUCCGUUGCUUCGGCGUUUUACCGUUUAGUUUCCUAUAGAUAUAUCACAUUCGGAGUUCAUUCAGUUCCAUAUACGGUCCAGAAUAAUAGAUUUCGUAUCCAGGUUGCCCAUUUCCACAUUCCACCACUUCAUCUCCGAGAAACGGGUUUCCACACUUGAACAACAAAAUUCACAAACGGUGAAAAAUUGCUAUCACAUUUUACCCAUCAUGGAACAUCAGAUACCUUUCAUGCCUAAAGAUCCCCUUGAGAUCGAUUACGAAGCAUUGCCUGAAGAUGCAUCCUUGGUGGCUCAUUUAAGUGCCGGGGCUCUUGCUGGUAUCAUGGAACACACAGUCAUGUUCCCAAUAGACUCGAUAAAGACGAGAAUGCAAAUGUCGAUCUCAAAACAAGAAUUGUCACGAGGUAUAGUUCAAUCUAUCUCUCGAAUCACCUCAAGCGAAGGGUUUUAUGCAUUAUGGAAAGGGGUGUCUUCCGUCGUGAUCGGGGCCGGCCCGGCCCAUGCUGUGUACUUUUCGGUUUUCGAAUCAACAAAGACAUUUUUGGUUAAUAGGUUAACUAAUAACCCCCGUUCCAACAAAAUAGUCACCGAUGAAAACCAUCCAAUCUUUGCCCUGGCUGCCGGUAUAGCGGCCACCACUGCUUCCGAUGCAUUAAUGACCCCGUUUGAUAUGUUGAAGCAAAGAAUGCAAGCUGGGGUUGCCAUCAAUGAUAGAAAAGCCACUUCAAUAAGGUUGAUGAGAAUAGCGGGAGAUAUUUAUAAGAAAGAAGGAAUCACUGCAUUUUAUAUUUCAUACCCAACCACCCUUUUCACCAACAUUCCAUUUGCAGCUUUAAAUUUCGGGUUUUACGAAUACUCAUCGUCAAUCUUAAACCCUAAUAAUUCUUAUAAUCCUUAUUUGCAUUGUGUUAGUGGUGGUAUUGCUGGUGGUAUAGCUGCUGCGCUCACUACUCCUUUGGACUGUAUCAAAACUGCAUUACAAACUAGAGGUAUUUCCCAACAUGAACAUUUAAGGCACAUCGACGGGUUUAAAAGUGCCGCCAGAGCAUUAUACAAACAAGGUGGUAUAGGCGCAUUUAGUCGAGGGUUGAAACCAAGAAUUAUCUUCAAUGUUCCUAGUACGGCCAUUUCAUGGACUGCGUACGAAAUGGCCAAAGAAGUCUUAAUCAAGGGAUAGACUAUCAAUCAGUUUUUUUUUAUUGUAUUUUCCUCACAGUUUCACGAUACAACUAUAUACAUAUACACGUACACGUUAGCUAUGUUCUUAAUGUGGUAUUGAAUUAUCCAGUUCUGGUUUAGUUUGGUUUAGAGGGUAUUUUUGCACAACUGCUAACAUUCGUUUACCUGUUUUUUUCUUUCUUUUUUACGUAUUGUAUAUUUUGAACCUUGUAAAUAAACAUAACUUAUUCAGUGUUUACGCUUGAAUGGCUUUCAGUAAAGCAUAUGCUCGUGCUAUAUGGGCCAACUCACGGGGGUUUCGCGACAAUCGUUGAGCAACAAACGAAAACAAAACACAAGAUCCAAGGAAACCCAACAAGUUAAAAAAGGCAGUACGAGAGUACAAUCUUUCUUCUUCUUCUGUUCUGAAUGAUGCGAAUAUUCUUCUUAUACUGGCGAUGAUCAUAUCAUUGGUGUGUUGGGUCAAUAGGGGGUGAAUGAAGUCAUGGUACG